GACUCUGCCUCUGAAUUUGGGCUGUGCUGAGUGUGUAGCACGUUUCUCUCUCUCCCUUCCUUUCUCCUUCUCUCGAGCCUCCAGGAUUUCUCUCUUCCUAUUUCUGGAGGACUCUCACAGGCUUCCUCAGCCUGUGUGAAGCUGAGGUUUCCCCUGAAACCCGUAUAUCCCCAAUACAUACCUCCACGCAUCCCCAUCCCCAAGAACCCCGCGCUCACACCGACACACACGCGCGCACACACACUCGCGCUCGCCUGUCCACCUCCCUCUCGGGAGAGCCCGCGCGCGUUCCCACCUUCGCUGCACACUUCGGCCAGCCGAGCUCGCAGCGCUCUAGGAUUCUGCGGCUCGGAACUCGGAUCGCAGCGCUGAAACCACAUGGUGGUUUUUGAAACAUUUAUUUUCCUUCUCUGUCUCGUUUCUAUUGCACCGUUUUCGAUCUGGGGGGCUAGAAGAGCAAGGCGGCUGCUUUCUCAGCCAGCUCUAGUUGGCUUGCCAUCCUCCAUCUGGCUUAUAAAAGUUUGCUGAGUGCAAUCCGGAGGGCUGCACUGCUCGUCCCCUCGGCUGGCGGAAGGGGGUGAAGCUGGGCAGCUGCGAGGAGCGCGCCGCUGGCUCUGGCGGGCUUUCGGCUUGAGCGGCAAGGUGAAGAGCGCACGGGCCGUGGGGUUUACCGAGCUGGAUUUGCAUGUUGCACCAUGUCUUCUUGGAUCGGGGCUGUGAUUCUUCCCCUCUCCGGGCUGCUGCUGUCACUCCCAGCCGGGGCGGAUGUGAAGGCUCGGAGCUGCGGCGAGGUCCGCCAGGCGUACGGUGCCAAGGGAUUCAGCCUGGCGGACAUCCCCUAUCAGGAGAUCGCAGGGGAACACUUAAGAAUCUGUCCUCAAGAAUAUACAUGCUGCACCACAGAAAUGGAAGACAAAUUAAGCCAGCAAAGCAAACUCGAGUUUGAAAACCUUGUGGAAGAGACGAGUCAUUUUGUGCGCACCACGUUCGUGUCCAGGCACAAGAAAUUCGACGAAUUUUUCCGAGAGCUCUUGGAGAAUGCAGAAAAGUCACUAAAUGAUAUGUUUGUACGGACCUAUGGGAUGCUGUACAUGCAGAAUUCAGAAGUGUUCCAGGAUCUCUUCACAGAGCUGAAAAGAUAUUAUACUGGAGGCAAUGUGAAUUUGGAGGAAAUGCUCAAUGACUUCUGGGCUCGGCUCCUGGAGCGGAUGUUUCAGCUGAUAAACCCGCAGUAUCACUUUAGCGAGGAUUACUUGGAAUGUGUGAGCAAAUACACAGACCAACUGAAGCCAUUUGGAGAUGUACCCCGGAAAUUGAAAAUUCAGGUCACCCGCGCCUUCAUUGCUGCCAGGACAUUUGUCCAAGGGCUGACGGUGGGCAGAGAAGUUGCAAACCGAGUUUCCAAGGUCAGCCCGACCCCAGGGUGCAUCCGUGCUCUCAUGAAGAUGCUGUACUGCCCAUAUUGUCGAGGACUUCCCUCCGUAAGGCCUUGCAACAACUACUGCCUCAACGUUAUGAAGGGCUGUCUGGCAAAUCAGGCCGAUCUGGACACCGAGUGGAAUCUGUUUAUAGAUGCAAUGCUCUUGGUGGCAGAACGACUGGAAGGACCAUUCAACAUUGAGUCGGUCAUGGACCCUAUAGAUGUCAAGAUAUCUGAAGCUAUUAUGAACAUGCAAGAAAACAGCAUGCAGGUGUCUGCAAAGGUGUUUCAGGGAUGUGGUCAACCCAAACCUGCUCCAGCCCUCAGAUCUGCCCGCUCAGCUCCUGAAAAUUUUAAUACACGGUUCAGGCCUUACAAUCCUGAGGAAAGACCAACAACCGCUGCAGGCACGAGCUUGGACCGGCUGAGGAUUGUGUGGAGAACAAUGCAACAUAGUGUCACAGACAUAAAAGAGAAGCUGAAGCUCUCUAAAAAGGUCUGGUCGGCGUUGCCCUACACCAUCUGCAAGGAUGAGAGCGUGACAGCAGGCACGUCCAAUGAAGAGGAAUGCUGGAACGGGCACAGCAAAGCCAGGUACUUGCCUGAAAUUAUGAAUGAUGGACUGACCAACCAGAUCAACAACCCUGAGGUGGAUGUGGACAUCACUCGGCCCGACACUUUCAUCAGGCAGCAGAUCAUGGCUCUCCGUGUAAUGACCAACAAACUAAAAAAUGCAUACAAUGGCAAUGAUGUCAACUUUCAGGACACAAGUGAUGAAUCUAGUGGCUCAGGGAGUGGCAGUGGGUGCAUGGAUGACGUGUGUCCCACGGAGUUUGAGUUUGUCACCACAGAGGCCCCUGCAGUUGAUCCCGACCGGAGAGAAGUAGACUCUUCUGCAGCCCAGCUCGGCUACUCCCUGCUCUCAGCAUCUCUCAUCUGUAUUGUCCUGGUACUGCAGAGACUGUGCAGAUAAUCCUGGGUUUUUGGUCAGAUGAAACUGCAUUUUAGCUAUCUGAACAGCCAACACACUUCUUUUCUUACACUCUUGGACAAUGGACCAUGCCACAAAAACUUACCGUUUUCUAUGAGAAGAGAGCAGUACUGCGCUCUGCCUCCCUUUUUGUUUUCCCAAAGAGUACCGGGUGCCAGACUGGACUGCUUCCCCUUUCCUUCACUAUCUGUGAAGACCUUGUUUAUUCUAGAGAAUUCUUACUCAAAUCUUUCGUACCAGGAGACUUUCUUACCUUCAUUUGCUUUUAUGCUGCAGAAGUAAAGGAAUCUCACGUUGUGAGUUUUUUGUUGUUGUUGUUUUUGUUUUGUUUUGUUUUGUUUUAUCCCAUUGAAACAACAAAAACAUAGGAAGAAAAUAAAAUUCUUUGUAAAAUCAGGCCAAGCCCCAAGACAACUGCAUUUUCAAUGAAACAGUAAACAAGAGAGGAAAAUAAAAGAGCUUUAACGCUAUAAGUUCAGCAUUGUCAGGCAGCUCCCAGUGUAAGCUUUACUGUGACUAAUUGGGUUUACAAAAUGCUAUGGGGAGAAAGUUGAAAGUUUUUUAAUGUAGUGAAAAUACACUGUUGUCUUGGAGCAAUCAUCUUGCACUCUAAACACACUAUACCAAACUGAUUCAGAGGUACUGAUACUAACUUCAGAAUUCUAUCUUUAACAUGAGAGCAAAAAAUUGCUACGACUCAGCUCCUCUCUCUUACCCUGCCCAAUUUCAAUUGCAGUAAUGGCACCGUUGUUCUCAUUAAUUUUCUUACUAUUUGUCCACUGUAUCCAAUUGGCACAGAUUUUCCCCUCCAUCUUCAUUUAUUAGUGGACACCCCCACCAACUCAUCCUCCUCAAGGGUCUGAAUUGAAAAUAAUUUUCAACAAUACAAUCACUUUGCUUUAGCCACAGGUUGGACAUUAAUUCGAUGUUUCUGCCUCUGUGCUCGUUACACUCCCAAAAGAAGAGUUAUUUUAAUGAACUAUUAAGCAAUUCGAUUCAUAAGUGAGUUUACAGUUUUAAAUAUUUGCUUUGUGUCAAUUGGUUUCUGCAUCACAAGGGCAUUCUCUUACAAAAUAACUCACAACAAUGAAAGUCAAGACAAAAAAUUAUAUAUAUAGUAUUGACAUGGAGAUUUCUUUCACUUUUUUAGUCUUAGUAUGAUCAUCUAUUUUUAUAUCUAUAUAUAUAUAUAUAUAAAUCACAGAUUUUAACUUCUUAAUUCCAAGCUCAGGGUUGACACACCUUUGUAACGAAAAUGUUUUGUCAACCAGCUCUUCUUGUUUUGUGCUGCUCAGAGAAGGGAUUCCUCAAUGAUCUAUGAGCACCAAGAAUCAAGAAAGAGAACUUUUUACGUAUCUAACUGUCCAUUUAUUAAAAGUUUGCCAGGGCACACCCUUUUUGCAUGAGCGUGCUUUGUCCUGGGUGCUCCAGACUGUACCAAGCUCACGGGGAAAGCCAUGGGUGUGCAGGACUUCACUGGUGAUGGAAACUGAAUGUGUAAUAAAAUGUGUUAUUCACAUAAAACCAUUGCUUUCAUGUACAACGCCUUCAGCCUAGGGUUCCUGCUUGGCACUUAGAAAUAUGUCCUAAUGCAAGAGGCUAAUUUAGAGCCACAGACUAAAUGAUCUACCAAGUGUGCCAAAGACAGGACCUAUGCUCCCCCUGACAAAGAGAAGCAAAAUAAACCAAACUGGGGCUUUAUGAAUACAGUUGGCUAUCCAUGUGUUUCCUGGUUUUUAUGAUGCAUUGGGAAAAGCAAUGUUUUGAGACACCAUAGUAUACCAGUCACAUUUUAAUUAACCCAUUGACAGUAAUGACACGUAAAUGGUAUUUUUCAAUGUGCAUUCUCAUCAAAAUUAUAAUUAGUUAUUGAUUUAGUCAUCACAUUUAAGUAGAACAUAUGCGGCACAAUAGUAUUAAGUAUAAUUGAGCACUUUUAUGAAACUGAAAGUAUGUAGAAACAUCUAUUGCUAUUUUAUGCCUAAUGAAAUAUGAAAUGUAGGAUUCUGAGAGACUUUGUGGCAUCUUUUCAUUUAACUUUUUAUGAAAUUAACACUUAACCUAAUUCAGCAUUACAUACUUCUAGAAGACCAUCCAUUUCACUGCCAAACUUCAGCUUCCUGUCACCGAUUACACAUAAAACAUCUCUAUGAAGGACCGAUCAUUUAUGUUGCUCAUUUCAUUGUAUGUUCAGAAAUCAGUAUUGUCUUUCUCCAAUAAUUAAGGUGUAAUACAAAUUAAAUCAACCUCGAUUUUCCAGAAUAUUUGAGUAAUAACUUGUUUUUAUGGUUUUAAAUUCCAAGUCUUUCAUUUGAAAAAUGUUUCUGCCUUGUCUUUUAUGAAAUAGAUCAAAAUGCCUUGUUUCCCCUGUGCUUUCACCCCCAAAGAGUUUCGUGCAUGUAUAUGAAUACACAUUAUAUUAAUGAAAGUGAACUCAUAUUCCGUACACACUAAACACACUGAUAAUAGAUAAAUGCCUGCUGCAUUUGAUUCAACACCUUCGUUAUCAAUGGUACUCAUAUUGAUGAGAUAUAGUGAUCCACAUGAGCCAGGCAGAGAGCUGAAAUGACUAUCAGUUAAUGAUGCCACAAUAUUAGUCACCUGCAUGGAUGUGGUCAAAAUAAUAUUCAAAUUGUACUUUCUGGUUUUUAAUCAUCAUCUUAGUGUGUCAUGAUUUUCAGAGUAAUUUAACAUGAGAAUUUUUUCCCCCUGUGGGAAUUAGUUUAAUCUAGUUACCCGAUUUCAGUAAGUAUUUUGGAAUCUCACCCCACCCCACCCCACCCAUGGCCAAAUCAAUUUCUCUCAUUUCAGCAUUGUGAUAGGGGAAGCAAUGAUGCUCCAUUGUUUUUCAUGAUCUACCCUCAUUUGCUUUAAUGUCCCCUAAAUUCUGUAAUGACAUCAUAACCUCUAUUAUGAGUAGAGGGGAAUGGGCUCACUGAAAUCAGAUGCUAGAAAUUGUUGGGUGAUGCUCAUAACUGCAAACACUUAGCUUAUUGAAGUGCCUCUAUUUACAUGUUUAGUUAUAAUAUGUAUUUUUCUAACAGAAAUACACGUCUGUAAUUGGUGUAUAUUAUACUUUGUCUGUGUUAUAACAAAAUCUAAACAGAGGCUAAAGUCUUUAGCAGAGAAGAAUGAAUUCCAAAUUCAUGAAUUAGAGCUCUGCUUAUGGUUCUGUAUUGAAGGACAGCCAUGACUACCUUCUGUCAUUUUAAUGAAGGUCAAGUCGGUACUUUGAUUAUAGCCAUCGUACAACGACCUUAGCAAUAGCAAUCUGACUCCCUUACAGUGACUAACCCAAAUGAGUAUCUUGUAUUACCUGCUUUACUUGUAAGGGAUAGAAAAUACUACUUUGUCUACACUGAAAAACACUAUUAUUCAUUGACAAGCAGUAGUAAUUAUAAAGAUAACAUUCUAUAAUUCAAACACACUGAAAAUAUUAUUGGAUGCAGAACCCGGAUAUUUAAUUUAUAUUCCCUGCUGUAGACAUUAGCCUACUUUAAUUCUUUAGCCAUUACAUACAUGUUUUGGCUACACACUGAACACCAACUAAAGUCCCCAAGGAGGAAUAAAAACUUAGUAAAUUCCUGAGUUGUGAUUCUUUUGUUACUUCUCUUUGCGAGGCUAAUUAUCAGGUGGUUUGAUUCAAGGUGGGAGGGUUAGCAAAUGCAAGCUUUCACUUACCCAAAACUUGCAGAAAUUGAAACUCAUUUUCAUUUAUUUACAGUCACUAACUGACCUGACUUUAACUUAAAAAAAAAAAAAAAAAAAAAAAAAAGGCAGUUUAGCUUUGCUGGCAAAAGAGUAAAGGAGACCAUAACGCAUAAAUUUGCAAUGUGUUCCUCCUUGGUGGAGACAUUAGACAGUGUUUAGUUUUAGGCCAACUUAUACAAAUGGAGUAUUGAUUUGUAUGCAUUCUGGAGCCUUGCUAUAUCAUGGUUUGCUACAGCAAGGGGACUCAGCUCAGCGUGGACCCAACCUCAUUCAAAGCUGAACAGUUACUGGAAUCUGUGACCUAGCCUUACAAUGAGGUACUUCCAUGAAAAGAAACCUAAAGAUGGCCUAAUUAUGAGGUCUCUGUGUGCAUAUGCAUAGUAUAUAUGCAGGACAAGUGUGUGCACCAAUCAAACCUAAAAUUUUAUGUGACUGUCAAAUGAAUAUUAUUUGGGUUAAGAUUUUUUAUUUCUGAUUUGGAUAGAAAAUUGCUAUUAAUCUUGUAUUAAAAUAGUUUUUAAAAAUCUA